CGUUGCUGUUUCACCGUCCAUAUUGCACUUUGCGAAUUCGUGUUUUGUUCGAUCGAAUAACGUUUGCCGGCCAUUGCGCAUUACAGAUUCGGAUUUUUUCAUUGCGAUUUGGUGAGUUUUUGUGAAUUAAAAUUGAUAACGAGAAUAUAUAGAAGAAUAGAAAUGAAUGCCUAAUUUGCUAAAAGCUCUAAAUAAUUCUUUGAUAUACCUAAUCUUAUAUAUAUAAAAGAAAGUGUCCGAAGCGAUGUAAUCCCAUAACUCGAGAGUGGCCGAACCGAUUUUGAUGAUUUGUACUUUGAUGGAAAGGUAUUUUCUCUAUUUGAGGAAAAUUUUAGGAAUUAAUUCCUCAAUUUUUCAAAUGUUUUCUUCAACACUGUAGGUUGAAAAUCAACAAAUCAUGAUUUGCUAAAUCAGUCUGGUUUUUUUCAGUCUAUUUCUAUGACUGAAAAUCAUACAAAACAUUCAUUGAAAUCGGAUACAACAUUGGUGAUAUCAGCAAAUGUUUUUUUUGUGUAUGUGUUGCAUUGUUGGUUGACUAUUGGGAUUUGUCUGUAAGAAGUGGUACGUUUCUAUUGUUGUUUCAUUGUUUUCAAAUUUUCUAUUCGUGAUUUCAUUGUAUUGCAGUUGUUCUUCAUAAUGCCACCAACGAGAAGAUCUCAUUUAGGCCGACGUUCAGCUGGUGCACGAGCAGUGUCGACUCAUCGUGCGAAUAUGAGUCAAGAAGAUAGAAACAUUGCGCAACAACGAAGAAAUGCAAACCACGUCCAAAUUCGUGCGCAACAAACAGAAGAACAACAGCAGGCUGUAAUCGAUUCGCGUAGAUUGGCACAACAAAGUCGUCGAGUAAAUCAAUGUGAAAAUUUUUUGGUGCAAAGUCGACGAAUAAAUACUGAAAAUAGACAGCAAAGAAGAAGUGCUGGCAAUGCCAAUUUGCUUCGAGUAGCAUUCCGAUAUGAUUGUGCAUUCAAUUAUCGAUCUCUUCCUGUCGUUCAAAUUGGAUCAAUGGUUGUAGUAUGUCCACAUUGCAACGCAUUGAAAUUUCCAGGAGAAACACCUGGAUUGUGUUGCCUUAGUGGAAAAGUUAAAUUGCCAACAUUGCCAUCGCCACAGGAACCAUUGCGAUCGUAUCUAGAAGGCGUAACAGCAGAAUCAAAGCAAUUUCUUGCAAAUGUUCAAAACUAUAAUGGGUGCUUUCAAAUGACUUCUUUCGCUGCAUCAAUUAUCAAUGAAAGCGGAUAUAAUCCGUCGUUCAAGGUAAUUCCUGCUCGAAAGAGUACUCUUCCGUUUCCUUUGAAUGAUCGCAUUUUAUUAAUUUUGAAUUCGUCUCUUGGUAACCAGAUUCAAGGGCAGGUGCAUCAUCGUGCUGGGUCGUUAUUGCCGCUUCCUAAUGGCGAAUAUAAUUUCUUGCAAAUCUAUUUCAUUGGGAACGAGAGCGAUCAAAUAAACCGUCGUAGUGCAUUGUACAAUAGAACGAAAGAAGACAUCAUCAGAGAAUUGCAACGAAUGCUUCAUGACCAUAAUGAAUUGAUUGGAUUAUUUAAGAAUGCGUUAGACAGAAUGCUAACAGAUGAUCAUCAAAUCGUGAUUAAAGCGGAUAAAAGGCCUAACUUAGCGCACGAACGUCAAUACAAUGCACCGACAAUUGAUGAGGUUGCCAUUAUUGUAGUCGGUGAGCAAGUGGUAUCACGGGAUAUUGUACUGACGCGCCGAAACAAUGGACAAUUACAACGUAUUAGUGAGACACAUCGGUCGUAUGAUGCACUUCAGUAUCCGCUCAUGUUUUGGACAGGUGAUGACGGCUACCACUUUAACAUCAAAAUGUUAAAUCCAGUUACUGGUGAAGAAACAACGAAGAAAGUAAGUUCGAUGAACUACUAUGCAUACCGUUUAAUGAUUCGUCAAAAUGAGGAUAACUAUCUGUUGCGAUUUCGGCGAUUGCUUCAACAAUUCUGCGUGGAUAUGUAUGUCAAAAUCGAGACUGAACGGCUCAGUUACAUUCGUUUAAAUCAAGCGAAAUUGCGUUCAGAAGAGUACAUUCAUUUGCGGGAUGCAAUAAGAACUGAAGGUGAUGCGAGGAAUCUCGGUCGACUAACAAUCUUACCGGCAACGUAUGUUGGCAGUCCACGCCACAUGCACGAGUAUGCUCAAGAUGCGAUGGCGUUUGUUCGACAGUACGGUCGUCCUGAUUUAUUUGUCACCUUCACUUGUAACUCAAGAUGGAUUGAUAUUCAGUGCAAUUUAAUUCCCGGCCAAACAUCGAGUGAUCGACAUGAUAUCACUGCACGUGUGUUCAGACAGAAGCUGAAGGUUUUAAUGGGUUUCAUUACUAAACAACGUGUAUUUGGUGAUGUUCGAUGCUGGAUGUAUUCUGUUGAAUGGCAGAAGAGAGGUCUGCCGCACGCGCAUAUUCUACUUUGGUUCGUUGAAAAGAUUCGACCAGACGAAAUCGAUGCUGUCAUUUGCGCAGAGAUACCGGAUCCAGAAAUUGAUCAAGAAUUGUAUGAUAUAGUCAUCAAGAAUAUGAUUCACGGACCGUGUGGCAACAAUAACAUGGAUUCACCGUGCAUGGCUAACGGCAAGUGUUCUAAACGCUACCCACGUCCUCUCACUGCGGAAACUAUUACCGGCGACGACGGAUAUCCACUUUAUCGACGUCGUUCACCUGAUGAUAAUGGCAGAACAGUUACAUUGAAAGUGAAACAAAAUGAUGUUGUGGUUGAUAACAGUUGGAUUGUUCCAUAUUCACCACUACUUUGCAAAACAUUUGAUGCGCAUAUCAAUGUGGAGGACUGUAAUUCGAUUAAAGCAAUCAAAUACGUUUGCAAGUAUAUUACAAAAGGUAGUGAUAUGGCUGCGUUUGGUGUUCCGGAUCCAAAUGCCGAUGAUGAAGUAACGCGGUAUCAAAUUGGAAGAUAUGUUAGUUGCAAUGAGGCUCUUUGGCGAAUUUUUUCAUUUCCAAUUCACGACCGUCAUCCAACUGUAGUUCAUUUGGCGGUGCAUCUGGAGAAUGGUCAACGUGUUUAUUUCACUGAACACACUGCCAUUCAACGUGCUGAAAGACCACCAGCUACAACAUUGACCAGUUUCUUUUCAACAUGUGAGAGUGAUCCAUUCGCACGAACAUUGCUCUACUCUCAGAUGCCGCGUUAUUACACUUGGAAUGCUUCAUCGAAAAAGUUUCAACGGCGAAAGCAAGGCGAGCGAGUUCCGGAUAAUCCAGAUGUAUUCUCAACAGAUGCCAUCGGUCGUAUUUACACAGUGCAUCCAUCUAGAAAUGCAGAAUGUUUCUAUUUGCGAUUACUGUUGGUAAAUGUUCGUGGGCCAACUUCAUUCGAGUCACUUCGAACCGUCGAUGGAGUACUCUGUCCUACAUAUCGUGAUGCCUGUCAACGUUUGCAAUUGUUGGAGAAUGAUACACAUUGGGAUAUGACUCUUGCUGAUGCAAUUAUGUGCGCACCUGCAAAUCAAAUACGUUCAUUGUUUGCAAUCAUAAUUUCGACGUGUAAUCCAUCAAAUCCGAAAGAUUUGUGGGAUAAAUACAAGGACAACAUGUCAGAGGAUUUUUUGCAUCGAGUUCGUGCUGCAACCGGAGAUUUCAAUUUGGGAAUGACUGAUGAGAUUCAUAAUGAAUCGUUGAUUGCGAUUGAGGAUAUAUGUUUGCUUAUUAGCGGCAAUUUGUUGUGUACUUUAGGAAUACCAGCGCCUAAUCGUUCAAUCCACGAUGCUUUUAAUCAAGAAAUAGAACGAGAACGUGAAUAUGAUCGAGACGCAUUGAGCCGAAUGGUUUGUGAUAAUGUUCCAUUGUUAAAUCCUGAGCAGAAAAUCGUGUAUGAAACAUUGAUGAAGGCGAUUGAUAACGGAAAUGGGGGAAUAUUUUUUAUCGAUGCUCCCGGUGGUACUGGGAAAACAUUUCUUAUUUCUUUGCUUUUGGCUACUAUUCGUUCGAGAUCUCAAAUUGCUUUGGCAGUCGCUUCUUCAGGAAUAGCUGCUACGUUGUUGGAAGGAGGCCGGACAGCACAUUCAGCGCUGAAAUUGCCGUUGAAUCUCCAAGUGGUUGAAGAACCCACAUGCAACAUUAGUAGAAAUUCCGCUAUGGGAAAAGUGUUGCAAUGUUGUAAAAUCAUCAUUUGGGAUGAAUGCACAAUGGUGCAUAAACGUGCAUUGGAAGCAGUUAAUCGGACCAUGAAGGAUUUACGCAAUAAUUCAAGACGUUUUGGAGGCGCUAUGAUUCUAUUGUCUGGUGAUUUCCGUCAAACGUUACCUGUCAUUCCAAAAUCAACUGCUGCUGAUGCAGUUAACGCUUCCUUGAAGUCAUCGUCUUUGUGGCGCUUUGUGAAGAAACUUAAAUUGAAUACGAAUAUGCGAGUUUCAUUACAAAACGAUCCUACAGCUGAUGUGUUCUCCAAACAACUGAUAGCCAUCGGUAAUGGUGAAGUUCCCGUCGAUGUCACAACCGGUUUGAUUUCAUUUCCGUCGAAUUUUUGUAAUUUCGUUACAUCGAAAGAUGAACUAAUUCGUAAAGUGUUUCCGGAUAUUGUUGUUAAUUAUUUGAAUCACGAUUGGUUAAGUGAACGCGCAAUUUUGGCAGCGAAGAACAAGGAUGUGAAUGAGAUUAAUUUUAAAAUUCAAAAUCAAAUUGGUGGUCCAAUGCAUUCAUUCAAAUCUGUUGAUUGUGUGGUAAAUGAAGAUGAAGCUACGAAUUACCCCACUGAAUUUUUGAAUUCUUUGGAUUUGCCUGGUGUUCCGCAACACAUUUUACACCUUAAAGUUGGUUCGGUAGUGAUUAUGCUUCGAAAUUUGCAACCUCCUAAAUUGUGUAACGGAACGCGUUUGAUUGUAAAGCAAAUCAUGAAUAAUAUCAUUUACGCAACAAUUCUCAAAGGCAAGUUUAAAGGAGAACAAGUUCUCAUUCCGCGUAUUCCUUUGAUACCGACAGACAUGCCUUUCGAAUUCAAACGCAUUCAAUUCCCGGUUCGUCUUGCGUUCGCCAUGACAAUCAACAAGGCUCAAGGCCAAUCAUUGGAUGUUUGUGGUCUAAAUUUGGAAAAUGAAUGUUUUUCACAUGGCCAACUAUGGAUUCAAGAAAAAUUAAUACCGAACAUUCCCGAAGAAACCAUUAUUGUAAUGGAUAAUGCACCUUAUCACUCGGUGCAAAUAAACAAGCCUCCUUCCAAAUAUGCAACAAAGCCGAAAAUGAUCGAAUGGCUAACUAAAAAUAAUAUUCCGUUCGCUGAAAGCAUGCGACGUGCCGAAUUAUCUGAACUAACAGAUGAUGCUCUAACUUCUAUAACAGCCGAAAAUUGGAAAAAUUGCUGCGAACACGUCGAGAAGCUGGAGAAACAGUAUUGGGAGAAGGAUAACUUAAUAGAUGACAUGAUGGCAGAUUUGACAAUCGCAGAUAGCAAUUCUGAAGCAGAAAGCACAAGUGGAAGCAGUCUUUCAGAAGAUACGGAAUAA